GAUCAUGGUUUCUUCUACUGGAAAGGGCUGUCAUCAUAGUGUUGCUGUUCUUAGUUAUUAUUUUCUGUUGGGCUCAGUUAAGUGUUAUUGCAUUAAAAUAUGAAAUUGUAUCUCAGAAGAAAUUGGGCAUUAUUGCAGCAAGUGUCAUCUUCACAGUUGCUGCUGUUGUAGGCACUGUUCUGUUUGCCCAAGAUGGCUAUACUCCACAGAAUCAAGCUGGUCUUGGCCUAAUUAUAGUCCCUGCUUUGAUUUCGAUACCGCUUCAAUACCUUAUGUUUGGAAAUGUUUUUGAUAGUCUACCACAAGCAACAUUUGCUCUGAUAGGUUUGCAAAUUCUUGGUUAUAUAAUUGCUGUGGUGGGUUUUGCCCUCUGUGUCUCAGCCUGUCCUCCGUUACAUGCGCCUGUUGUGAUUGCUGGCUUAGCUAUUAUGGCUAUUGCAGUUUUGCUUAGUCUGGCUUACGUGUGUAUUAUGGGUUCCAGAAUGAGAGAUCAUCCUCGUCCAGGGAAAGCUGUAGAAGAACCACUAAAUGAUGCAAAAGGAGUGAUGUUAGAAUGAUGAACUGCAGAGCUAUGUGACAUGUGAAAAGUACACCGUUGUUCAUACACCGUGGCCUUGAAGAUGCACUACUCAAAGAAGAAAUUCAGGAAACUAGUUGUUUUGCAUGUGUGGCAAAAGUGCUUUUGAUAUAAAUGAUGUAAUUUUAUAGUCACAGCAGCUGUAGCCAGGAACAUGUGUGUUUGCCCACAUGUGAUCUUUAUUUUCUUUUGUUACAGUAUAUAUAUGGUAUGGUUGAGGGUGAGAAGAUAAAAAGCACUGUUUGCCCACCACAGGAUGUCCCUGCAGUUAAUCCUUAGUGGUAUUAUUUUCAAAAACUAUCAUUAGUCACUGCUUUGAUAAUGGGCCUGCUCAGCCCUGAGAUUGCAAUACAAUUUAGACUAUUGUUUUCUUUAUUCGUGUGCAUGGGCAAGGUAUGGUCAUACGUCUGUGAUACAAGCAGGAAGUAGAGAUUGUACAAAUACAUCUUUU